AAAACCUACCACAAAAUGUUGACCAAAUUCUUGGAGCAACCGAAUUGUCUGCUGAAUCAAAGGAAUCGCUAUCAAUUGCUGGCCACCAUGCUUAUCAAUCUAAUAUGCAUAUCGCAUGGCAUUGGUAUCGGCUGGCUAUCGCCCACAUUACGCAAAUUACAAUCCAACGAAUCGCCGCUUAACUUUCAGCUGAGCAUUUCGGAAGUUUCCUGGGUGGGCUCUGCGGUGGGCCUGGGCGCUCUUGUGGGUAAUGCACUGAUGGGUCUGAUAAUGCCGCGCAUAGGUAGUCGCUUGUGUCUGCUCUUCUUAGCCAUACCACACUCGUGCCUGUGGUUUCUGGUCUACUUUGCUGAAGGCGCGGAGUAUUUGUUUAUUGGACGCUUCUUGGCCGGCAUCUCGUGCGGCGGCAUAUACAUUUCACAUCCCAUAUUCCAAAGCGAAAUUUCGGAUGCCAAAAUCCGGGGGAGUCUCGGUUCCAUGCUAAUGUUGUCUGUGAAUGUUGGCAUACUUCUAGGCUACAUUUUGGGCACACAUCUGGCCUAUCAUAUAGUACCAUUCGUAGUGCUCAUCUUUCCCAUUAUCUACUUCAUAUCCACGCUUUUCUUGAUACGUGAUUCACCGAUGCAUCUCAUACGCAAGGGAAAGUACAAAGAGGCUGAGCAGUCUUUCAGAUAUUAUAAGAACAUUAAGGAUAGCGAUCAGCUGGGCGAAGAAUUUGAGGAAAUGAAGAAGAUACUGGCCCAAAGUGAUAAGAACUCGGACAAGGUGACCAUCAAGGAUUUCCUAACUCGACCUGCGCUCAAAGCUUAUUGUUCUGCUUUGGUCCUUCUAAUUGUGAAUCAAUUUAGUGGACUUUACGCCAUGGUUAACUAUAUGUCGGAUAUAUUUGCACUGUCGGGCAGCUCCAUGGAUCCGGAUACCUGUACCAUUAUCAUUGGCAUUGUCCAGAUUCUGGGCACAUAUGCGACAACGCUUCUCUGUGAUAUCUGGGGACGUCGAAUUCUCCUGGUGGUCUCCUCAGCCGGCGUAGCUUUCAGCCUGACCUGCUUCGGCCUCUUCACCUACUACGCACAGUGGUACGAUUUGAGCGAGUGGAGCUGGGUCCCACUGUUCUUCAUGUCUCUCUACAUCUUUCUGGGCAACAUUGGACUCGUUGGCUGCUUCUUCGUCCUACUGGUUGAGAUGUUUCCGGUCAAAAUACGCGCGAGAGCUGCUUCAAUAUCAAUUGCAAUAUGCAGCUUAUUUGUGUUUAUAAUGCUUAUAAUUUUUCCCCUUUGCAUGGACCGAUGGGGCGUGCCGGCCACCAUGUGGUCCUGUGCGGGCAUAACGGCACUCGGCUUCAUAUUCUUUAUCUUUUUCCUAAAGGAAACCAAGGGCAAGUCAAUGCUUGAGGAUUGA